AUGACGGAUCUCCUGCCUCGUAAGAUCGAACUGGAUAACCAGGAACGUAGAACUCUCGUCCUGGCGAUCCAGCGUGCUUGGGAAUACCUGCCAGCCGAAUAUCGCCAUCCAUUGUAUGUGGGCACCCAGUGGUUGGAAAACAUGGAUCGAGCCUACAUCGAUGAUCUGCGUGAUUACUGCCGGCAUCACUACGGUGCCGUUUCAGAGCGAGAGUUGACAGACCUCGUAGCGUAUGAGGCCAUGAGGAGAGGGUUAGCGAUCACUGUGGAGGAGCAACAGGAGAUCAGAACGGGACAUCGCACAGAGCGUAUCGACUUGCUGAAGGCCUUGAGGCGAUAUGGUCACAGUCAGGGUCGGAGGAAUCUCGAAUGGUUAGGUUUCAUGUCUGAAUGGAGAUCUCGGCUGGAAACUUUACCGAAAUCAGCCUCCUUGUUGGAAGAUUCCGAACCCAGCCUCGACCCACUCGAGAGAAGGUCCACUCCCCCACCGUCUGAUGUAGGUCUUGAUGAUCGCUCCGACUUCGAAUAUCUAGGGAUAGAUCGGGUGACACCCAUACGACCUCGACUUCCUACAGGACAACGGAAGAAAAAGAAGGGGAGGAAGAGCAAGCAUAAGGGGGUUGUUCCUGAUGAAGUACGAGAACACAUGCGAGACGACAGUUCUGAGAACGAUACUGAAGGAAGCUAUACUGACGAAGAUGAAAGCUCCUUUGCUCAAGAGUCACCUUUUUUACGCCACGUAUCUCGAACGCCGACUGUUCGAAGCGGAGCGUUAUUGCCAGGGACAUCCUCUUCCUCUCGCUCCGCCUCGUUUCCUCGACAUACGCAGCCGCAUGCGCCCCAGUAUCGCUCAACCCGAGGGAUAGAUUCUGUUGACGAUUGCGCUCCUCGCCCCGUCGCUUUAACUUCAUCACCGAUAGACUCAAGACAGCGUCGCUUUUCUACAGCUUCAGGCCGCCCCCAUUCAUCAUACGAGGAUCCGCCGUCUGCACACUAUUCACACUAUGCACCGCUACCUUCAGCGGGAUCAUUCCCAACAUACAGCGGGUAUCCGCCCCUAUCGUAUGGGGUCAAUGUGAGGCCUUCGCCAAGCCAACAAUAUCACGCAUCAUACGGGUUGCAUACAGGAUCUUACACGUCUAUGGCCGUCACGGGUAGUGCUAGAUAUCCCAGCGAGACCAUAGCGUCUCGGGUUGUACUAGUGUACGUCCAACUUCAAGAGAACUCUCGCGCCGAGACUCAGUCAAGUGCAAUGGGAUCGCUUUGCGUGGCCUUUGAUGAUCUUCGAUAA